AUGCUCAAAUGGAAUUGGUUGAGACGGCCGGACCUUAAACCUGUCCUUUUCGUCCAGGGCCCAGUGGACGGCGUGGAGGAGGAGCAGUCUCUCUCGGCAGCGGAGGAAUUGGCCGCCCAAAAGCGCGAACAGAGACUGCGCAAAUUCCGGGAGCUGCACCUGAAGCGGAAUGAAGCUCGAAAAUUAAAUCACCAAGAAGUUGUGGAAGAAGAUAAAAGACUUAAGUUACCUGCAAAUUGGGAAGCCAAAAAAGCCCGUUUGGAAUGGGAAUUGCGGGAAGAAGAAAAGAAAAAGGAAUGUGCAGCCAGAGGAGAAGACUAUGAGAAAGUGAAAUUGUUAGAGAUCAGUGCAGAAGAUGCAGAGAGAUGGGAGAGGAAGAAGAAGAGGAAAAACCCCGAUCUUGGGUUUUCAGAUUAUGCUGCUGCCCAGUUACGUCAGUAUCAUCGGUUGACCAAACAGAUCAAACCUGACAUGGAAUCAUAUGAGAGAAUGAGAGAAAAACAUGGAGAAGAGUUUUUCCCAACAUCCAACAGUCUCAUUCAUGGAACACAUGUGCCUUCCACAGAGGAAAUUGAUAGAAUGGUUGUAGAUCUGGAAAAACAAAUUGAAAAACGAGACAAAUAUAGCCGGAGACGUCCUUAUAAUGAUGAUGCCGAUAUUGACUACAUUAAUGAAAGGAAUGCCAAGUUCAACAAGAAGGCAGAGAGAUUCUACGGGAAAUACACAGCUGAAAUUAAACAAAACUUGGAAAGAGGAACAGCUGUCUAA